AAAAUAAUCCUAGCAUGUACAAUGUGCAACUGCAACCAAGACGGUAUGAACCUAACCUAAAAACAAGGAAAAUGACUUAUUCAUUAAACCAUUCACUUCUGGUUUUUGCCUAAAUUGCAAUCACUUAAUUCUCUUUCGCUUUUUUAUUUCCUUCUUCCAACAAGAGACCAUGGCUGAAGUCUUCCUGGGACAAGCACUUGCCACUUCAAUCAUUAAGGUGGCACUUGGUAGAUUGGCCUCUCCUGAGGUCAUAGACUACUUCAAGAGAAGGAAACUUGACGAUGAAUUGCUACGAAAGUUGAAGGUUAUGCUAUUAUCUGCUGAAUCAGUGCUCAUUGAUGCAGAGGAGAAGCAAUUUACAAACCCAGCUGUGAAAAAUUGGCUGGACGAGCUUAAAGAUGUUGUUUAUGUUGCAGAUGACCUUCUGGAUGAGAUUGCCACUGAAGCCUUACGAUCCAAGUCAGAAGCUGAAUUUCAAACUCGCACCAGGAAGGUAUGGCGCUUCGUCUCUACUUCUGUUAAUUCAUUUGACAAAAAGAUACAGUCAAAGCUAAAAAACAUUCUAAGUAUAUUACAAAUAAUCAUAGAACAAAAGAAUGUCCAUAAUCUGAAAGAGGUUGCCGGUGGAGUACCAUUACCACCACGACAAUUAACAACUUCUUGUCCUGAAGAAUAUGGUGUGUAUGGUAGAGAUAUAGAUAAGGAGGAGAUAUUUAAGAAGUUGCAAUUAGAUAAUGCAAAUGGUGAUGAGAUAUGUGUUGUUCCUAUAGUGGGCAUGGGUGGGGUUGGUAAAACAACCCUUGCUCGGCUUGUAUAUAAUGACAACCGAGUAAAGGAGAAUUUUGAUCUCAAAGCAUGGGUUUGUGUUUCAGACACAUUUGAUAGUUUUAGAAUAGCAAAAACUAUUUUUGAAGAGCUCUCUCUGCCUAACUGUGACAUUCAUAGCUUGAAUUUGUUACAAAUUAGAAUAAGAGAGAGCUUAAAGGGAAAGAGGUUUCUCCUUGUUUUAGAUGAUGUUUGGAAUGAGAGUUAUAUUGCUUGGGAUGAGUUCCUUACGAUGUUUAGAUGUGAGGCAAAAGAGAUCAAAAUCAUUAUUACAACACGUAGUGAAAUUGUUGCGUCAAUUGUGCACCCAAUUUCAAUUCAUCAUCUAAUGCAAUUGUCUGAAGAAGAAUGUUGGUUGCUAUUUGCAAAGCAUGCAUUUAAAAAUGGAAAAUUGAGUGAAAAUUCAGAUAUAGAACAAAUUGGUAGAGAAAUUGUUCGCAAGUGUAAAGGCUUGCCUUUAGCUGCAAAAGCACUUGGGGGUAUGUUGCAGUCUAAACAAGACCUAAGAGGGUGGAAUCAUAUUUUGGAGAGUGAUAUAUGGGAUCUACCAGAAGGUGAAAGUUCUAUCCUUCCAGCUCUAAGAUUGAGCUACAACUAUCUCCCAUCACAUUUGAAACGAUGCUUUACUUAUUGCUCAAUCUUUCCAAAGGAUUAUGAAUUUUCAAAGGAGGAGUUAGUCUUGUUAUGGAUGGCAGAAGAUUUAUUGUUGAAACCCAAGGGAAAUGAAAGUAUGGAAGAAAUAGGUGAACAAUACUUUAAUGAGCUAAUAUCGAGGUCAUUUUUUCAACGAUCAAAUAAUGAUGAACCAUGUUUCAUAAUGCAUGACCUUUUUAAUGACUUAGCAAAAUUUAUAUUUGGAGAAUUUUGUUUUAGGCUGGAGAUUGAUAAUUCAUGUGAAAUUACAAAAAAAUGCGUCAUUUGUCAUAUUUUCCAACUAAAUUUGAUGUCCCUAAGAAAUUUGAGGUGUCUUAUGAAGCCAAGAAUUUACGAACCUUCUUGGGACUAAAAUUGUCAUCUACGUCAAAGUUUC